CAGAGCAGGAAGCUCCCUCCCACCACCCCCUGUCUCUCUCUCUCUGUCCUCACGCCGGCCUGGGCCGAGGGAGUCUAUUCUACCCGGGGAGCUGCGGCCAGGACAAGAAGUUUAACCCCAGCCUGACUCAGAAUGGCCCAGCCUGUGCUGUACCUCGCUCCACACCCCCACAGCUUCCAGAAUGCCAAGGUGCUGGUCGCACUGGAGUACGGCCGCUCCGAACUGGGAGAGGUGGAUGUCCGAGGACCAGCCGCCGGGGACACCCGCAGCCAGCUGGCGAUGUCCAGGUUGCCGGCCUUGGAGGCCGACUCCAGACGCUGCCUCCAGGGAGCAGCAGCCGUGUCCCAUUACCUGGCCCCUGGCAGGAUGAAGGGUUCCAGCGCCAAGGAGUCUGCCUUGGUACAGCAGUGGAUAAACUUGGCGGACAGCGAGAUCUUUCAGCCGGCCUGUGCUUGGGUUUUCCCGGAGCUGGGCUUGAUGAAGUACAACAAAAAGGCCAUUGAAAGAGCCCAGCUGGACCUGAAGAAGAUCCUGCAACUCCUCGAUGACCACCUGAAGCUGCGAACCUACCUGGUGGGGGAGGGAGUCACCUUGGCGGAUAUUGCCGUCACCUGCUCGUUGCUGCUUCCCUACAAACACGUCUUUGAGCCGCACUUCAGGAAGCCCUAUGUUAACGUGAAUCGCUGGUUCCUGACCUGCGUGAACCAGCCUGAGUUUGUCCGAGCACUGGGAGAGGUGACGCCGUGUGAGCGGAUUGUCCCCGGGGCCGGCGAGCAGUGUGCAGGGCAGCGGGAUACGGAGCGGGAACCGGCCCCAGCUCCAGAAGAGCUGGCGGUGAAGAAGACACUGGCUCAGCUGAAGAAGGAGGCGUUGAAGAGAGAGAAAAUGGAGAAGUUCCUGCAGAAACAGGACAAGCUGAAGGAGCAACAGCAGCGGCAGCCGGAGAAAAAAGCCAAAGCAGAGAAGAGGGAGAAAAAGGAUUUGGGGGUGAUUACGUACAAUAUUGUGACUCCUCCAGGGGAGAAGAAAGAUGUGACCUGCCCGAUGCCGGACUCCUACAGCCCGCAGUAUGUCGAAGCGGCCUGGUACCCCUGGUGGGAAAAGCAAGGCUUUUUCAAACCCGAAUACAUGCACAGUAUCUUGGAGCCGAACCCGAAGGGGAUGUUUAUGAUCUGCAUCCCUCCGCCCAAUGUGACAGGAUCCCUGCAUCUGGGCCACGCUCUCACCAAUGCAAUCCAGGAUUCUCUGACUCGCUGGCACCGAAUGCGCGGAGAAACCACCCUGUGGAACCCGGGAUGCGAUCACGCUGGCAUCGCCACUCAGGUAGUGGUGGAGAAACGGCUGUGGCGCCAGUCCGGGAAGACACGGCAUGACCUGGGCCGGCAGAGCUUCAUCGAGGAAGUGUGGAAGUGGAAGAACGAGAAAGGCGACCGGAUUUACCACCAGCUGCGGAAACUGGGCUCCUCUCUGGACUGGGAUCGUGCCUGCUUCACCAUGGACCCAAAACUCUCGAGAGCGGUCGAGGAAGCGUUUGUCAGGCUGCAUGACGAGGGGGUGAUCUAUCGCAGCACGCGAUUGGUCAACUGGUCCUGCACGCUCAACUCUGCCAUCUCUGAUAUCGAGGUGGACAAGAAAGAGCUGGCAGGACGGACCCUGCUCCCUGUGCCCAGUUACAAGGACAAGGUAGAAUUCGGCGUCCUCGUCUCCUUCGCUUACAAGAUCCAUGGGUCAGAUGAGGAGGCGGUGGUGGCUACCACUCGCAUUGAGACCAUGCUGGGCGAUACUGCAAUUGCUGUGCACCCUCAGGACCCCAGAUACCAGAAUUUGAAAGGAAAGUUUGUCGUUCAUCCUUUCUGCAACCGAAAAAUGACCAUCGUUUUCGAUGAGUUUGUGGACAUGAGUUUUGGAACAGGGGCCGUAAAAAUCACCCCGGCUCACGACCAGAACGAUUACGAAGUGGGCUUGCGGCACAAUCUCGAAUUUAUAAACAUCAUGGACGAUAACGGCUUUCUGAUCAACGUCCCUGAGCCGUUCUUGGGAAUGAAGAGGUUUGAUGCUCGGAAGGCUGUCCUGGAGGCUUUGAAACAGAGAGGCCUUUUCAAGGAGGUGAAGGAUAACCCGAUGGUGGUCCCAGUCUGUAGUCGCUCCAAGGAUAUUGUGGAGCCGCUGCUGAAACCCCAGUGGUACGUUCGCUGUAGCGAAAUGGCAAAAAUGGCAGCAGACGCUGUGCGGAAUGGAGAUUUGAAAAUCAUCCCCGAGAAUCACCUCAAGACUUGGUUUAAUUGGAUGGACAACAUCAGGGACUGGUGUAUUUCCCGGCAGCUGUGGUGGGGUCACCGGACCCCAGCCUACUUUGUGACAGUCGAUGAUCCCGCUGUCCCAGCUGGAGAGGACGCAGACGACAAGUACUGGGUGAGUGGGCAGACAGAGGACAUCGCCAGGCAGAAAGCGGCCAAGAGAUUUAACGUCUCCCCCGAUCGGAUCUCGCUCCGACAAGAUGAGGAUGUCCUGGAUACCUGGUUCUCUUCUGGCUUGUUCCCAUUCUCCAUCUUCGGGUGGCCGGAUGAGACGGAGGACCUGAAAACUUUCUACCCGGGCACGCUGCUGGAGACGGGCCACGACAUCCUGUUCUUCUGGGUGGCCAGGAUGGUGAUGUUGGGAUUGAAGCUGACUGGGAAGCUGCCUUUCCGAGAGGUUUAUCUCCACGCCAUUGUCCGAGACGCUCACGGCCGGAAGAUGAGCAAAUCUCUUGGCAACGUCAUUGACCCUCUGGAUGUGAUCUUUGGCAUCACGCUGGAGGGUCUGCACGCACAGCUACUGGACAGUAACCUGGACCCUGUCGAGAUCGAGCGAGCCAAGGCGGGCCAGAAAUCUGAUUAUCCAGUUGGGAUUCCAGAAUGUGGGACAGACGCCCUGCGAUUUGCUCUAUGUGCCUACACGUCCCAAGGCCGGGACAUCAACCUCGACGUUAACCGUAUCCUGGGUUACCGCCACUUCUGCAACAAGCUGUGGAACGCCACCAAGUUUGCCAUUCGCGGCCUGGGGGAGAACUUCAAACCAGAGGGCCGUGCCCAGGGUGCGUCACGAGGGAGCCUGAUAGAUCGCUGGGUGCUGAGCCGCCUGAGCCACGCUGUGGAACUGUGUAACUCCGGCCUCCAGCUGUACGACUUCCCAGCCGUUACCACCACUAUCUACAACUUCUGGCUGUAUGAGCUCUGUGACGUCUACCUGGAAUGUUUGAAGCCUGUGUUUGCUGGCACUGAUGAGGAUGCAGCGAGCGUGUCCCGAAACGUGCUGUACACCUGCCUGGACACAGGCCUGCGCCUCCUCAGCCCCUUCAUGCCCUUCGUCACCGAGGAGCUGUACCAGAGGUUGCCGCGGCGAUCGGCUCAGGACCCCCCGAGCAUCAGCGUUACACCAUACCCUGAGGCUGAACAGCACUGUUGGAGGAAUGAGGAAUUAGACCACACUGUGGACUUUGUAAUGGCCAUCAUCCGUGCCAUCCGCUCCCUGCGCGCGGACUAUAACCUCACCAAGACCAAAGCAGAUUGUUACCUGUCGUGUUUGGACGAGGGCACAGCUGCCCAGGUGAGCCCAUUCUCCAGCUACAUCCAGACGCUGUCCUCGUCCAAGUCAGUGACCCUCCUGGUCAACGAGGUGUGCCCGGACGGAUGUGCCAUGGUCAUUGCUUCGGACCGCUGCACCGUCCACCUCAUGCUGAAGGGCCUGAUCGAUGCUGAAAAGGAGGUCUCUAAGCUCAGGGCAAAGCAAGCAGAACUUCGGAAGCAGAUUGUGAAGCUCAGGGAGAAAAUGUCCAAAGCGGAUUACAGCGCCAAAGUGCCUCAGAAAAUCCAGGAGCUGGAUGCAGAGAAGCUGAAGCAAACGGAGACGGAAUUGCAGAAGGUGGAAGAAGGGAUCGGGAAUUUCGAGAUGAUGAUCUGAUGUGGUCAUGGGCGGAGCCUGGCUCUGGUUUUAUCCGGACGGCCCCGCCCCCCCCAACCUCACUGUGCGAGAGACGGUGUAACUGUGAGGCGGCGAACAAGGGCUGGUGUCAGAUUCUAACGUUGGGUGGGGCGGGGGGUGAGAUGGUGUUGGGAAGCGUUGCAGGCUACGGGCUGGGGUUGGGGGGUGGUUGGCACUUGUAUUGUUGGGAAUUACACCCCCCCACCAACUCCUUUCCCAGUCCUGCUGUGGGGAGGUGUCAAUCCAGAAGCUACAAGCUGGCUCCCAUAACCUUAAUCGCUGACCUAGCCUCCUCCUCCUCCCUCCGAUCGGUUAGAGUCAGUGCUCAAACACGGCUUUCCUUCGCUCUGGCCCUGUCUUGGUGAAGUUUCCAGUCGUUCUUUACUCCAAGCCAUCAGGCAACGGCGUUUCAAUAAAGGUUUACUGUUUCGUUAAGAA